ACAGAGAAGACACUGGUGGCAGCUGGAAGGAUGGCCUACCUACUUCUGUUUCUCCAGUUUUUUGUGCAUCAGCACUUCGCAUCUGCGGCUGUUCUAGUGCCGCAAGUAGGCAGCUCCGACAGCCGCAGUCUGUUGGACAGAGUAGUGGACAGCAUACUUACUGACAACGACGCCGAGCUCAACAACGCUCUCAGGGAUGUGAGAGCCGCCAAACGUGAAGCAAAACCACUAGCUGACACGGCUGUCUUCAUGGACGACCCGGGGACCGAUAUCAACCACAAAGUCCGAGUAAAAAGGGCGGCCCCAGCCUUCCUGGCCUCGGCUGCGAGUCAGAUCGGCGAGAAGGUAGUGAACCAGCUCGGUGACAGGAUAGCAGACGGCGUGGUGGAAAACCACCAGGAGAAAGUGGUCAAUUCCCUCCAAGACUACUUCGCUAAGCAGCUGGACAGCUUCGACGAUCAGUACAAGGACGCUCUGGGGAAGACCAUUGACCUAGCUGCAGGCCUGAGCAGACCGGUUGAAGAGGCUGAUGUUCGGGUUCUCCCUAUCAGCAGGGGGGACAACCUGGGGAACAGUUUUGUACCCGCUGGUUAUGAAAUCAGCCACAAAUAUCACUAUGCGGAUGAAACAGAUGACGAGCAAGACAGUUCCACAGCGGCAGUUUCAGCCUACAGCUACCCGGUCGGACUUGGCCCCGUUCUUAUGAACGGUUGUUUCGGGACAGGUUACGUCAAUGGAGACCCGUGCUGGGAGGCCAAGAUACCGAGGGAGAGUUGUCCGGAUUUGAUAGACGGUGCGACGUUCCUGGGUGUGGGGUUCGACGGUAGAGGAGAAUACUCCGCAGAUUCCAGGAAGAGAAGCAUCGUACAACGGUCCUGCAACGGCCUGCAAACGUACGAAGAUCACGAGGUUCCUGACACGAUGACAGUUCAAGGUGUUUAUGACACUGAUGUAGAGUCCAACACCUUUGCCUCUAUGGAGGGGUACAGGGAGUAUCUGGAGCAGAAAUCUGCCGUCACUUCUGCCAAGGCCAUGUUCCAACAGGAGCUGAACAAGGCAGCCGGGUACGGGGCAGGAGGCGGGAUCUUCGGGCUGGGUUACUCGGCGGGCGGCGGGUUUUCUGACCAGAGUGCCCGGUAUGACCAGUCUUCCAACUUCGGGGCGGGCUCCCAGGCCGAGGGCCGGCUGACCGACAAGAAUACACAGACGUACAUGGCACUGUUGGAGAUCAACGUCUUCAGGUACGAGAUCUUCAUGGACGAUGUAGAACCGGCCGACCUGAACCUGGCCUUCCUGCGGGACUUCCUCAAGCUGCCGGUGUCCUACUUCUCCAUCGGGGCUGACCAGCAGUUCCAAAACUUCAUCCUUCGCUACGGAACACAUUACAUCAAGUCGGCCAAGUUCGGAGGACAACUGAAGAUCAUCAAGACCAAGGAGGCCAGCUCAGACCUGUCCAUCCAGGCGUUCUCGGAGAGAGCACAGACGGAGUGGAAGAAAGCCUUCAGCACCUUCUCUGCAGAGGCGAGUCAGACCAAGUCCAGCAGCUGGUGGCAUGAGCACGAGACCAGGAAGGAGUCCCAGCAAGCCGAGGGAGAGGCCGAGGCUGAUACGGAGGCAACAGCCGCACAGAGCCAGACCGAAAAUUUGCAUUCGUUUGAGUUCAGUAACGAGAUGAUGGUGGUUCAGGGCGGUGAUCAGCGGAUCGCAGCAGCCAUCACAGAGAUGUACACCUCCUCACUGUCCACGGAGCUCAAAACAUGGCUGGAGUCCAUCAAGGACUACCCAAAGGCCUUCUCCUUCAUCAUGAAGCCAAUAACAUCAGUCCUGGACAUCAACUUCGACUCGCUGUUCCCACAAGGUGCCGUGGACUUCGGCUGUUUGGGAAAAAGCUCCCUGAAGGUUGAAAACGGAACAGGCCGGAGAUAUUACGUCCAGAAGACGACAAAGACCGUGGGAAAUACGACUCAGGACAUCUCCGAGGUUCGCUACUGUGACUUUAACCGUGAGGAGGAACUAGCGGAGAAAGUGACCAAGAGGAGGUUGGCUCUUGACCGUGCCAUCACCGUUUAUUUGGAAGAAGGUCCUCUCUUGAGUACGGACUUCCUCCUCCCAGCCGGAGAGCCCGGGUGUGAGACCGCCACCCUGGCGUACCUGGACGACAGUCACAGCGGCGCGCCGACCUGGGCCGAGCUGGUCAGCGGGGCGGAGUCCACCGUCAUCUUCGACAUGCCGUACGAUAUCGCGAGCAUCCUGCAGGCCCGGGAGAUCCUCACGCUCAAGUUUCACAACAACAGGUGGUUCUCCGUCAGGACUGGUAGUACUCCACAUCUGUACGACGGUUACAACAAUGGAAACAGCAACGAUGUCAACGGGAACAAGGUAAGUGUCCAGGGGCUUGUGAUGACGUACGACGAGGAAACAGGAGUGCUGACGGUGGGCGAUACCGACUUCGAAGCGUCCAAACAAGCCGUUCCCGAGCUUCCCGACUGGGUCAAAGGGCAGGCUUUGGCAAGAGUAGAGUACAAGUCACUGCUGGAACACUUGAGCAACCAGCAAACGGUGACAAAUGGAGACGCCCCUUGCAACAUCAAGUGGUCCAACGCCCACCGGAUCGACCCAACCGACGGAGGGAAGUGUAUCCACUUCACCGCCGCAUCAGAGGGAGACAUCUUCGUGGUGUUUGCCGGCAUCCCGCGGAACUACGAGACGUGGUUGUACAUACAAAUAUCGCCAGAGGGCGUGGCUCUAUACAAGGCCAUGCGACUGGAAACAACACAGCUGAAGGAUGGCGCCAGUAGCCUGGGAUCGUCCAACCUGUACCAGUCGUACUUCGUCUGCGUGACAGAAGACACCGUGAGCGGGGCAACAACAGUUCAGUACGGCAAGACGCCUGACAAUGAGGAACGGCCCCACAUCUGGCUUGACUUCCGGUUUAACAGCAUCCUGUCUCUGCAUUAUUACGCGUUUGGCAGCGGUAUGUACCCGGUCAAGGUCAUGGGCGUGUCCCUGGUGGACCAACCAGCGCAGGACUUCAUCGUCUGCAGAGAGGGGACCGAAAAGGACGACGGGAGGUGCAAACAGCGGUGUCACUCAGAAUGUGACGGUUGUAGGACGACUGGAUCCGACUCGCCGACAGACUGCAUCGCCUGCCGUCACUUCAGCGUAGCCUACCCGUACAUAGACGGAGGUCCCGGCUCUUCUAAAUGUGUGGCUGCUUGUCCAGAACACAUGGAGCUGAUGGCAGACACCAACAAGUGUACAUGCAAGAAGCAAAUGGAGACCAGCAGUGAAGGAGGCCGAGUGACGUGUGUGACCGACUGUCCGCUCACUCACUACCUUGUUGACGGCGUCUGCAAAAAGUGCCAUAGCUUCUGCCAAGAUGUGAGCGGCCAGGGAACCCAAGUGUGUACGGGUCCCAACAGUAACCAGUGUCACACCUGCAAGUACGCCGUGAAUGGUGUCUGCUCGGAGGGCUGCAGUCCGGGACAGAAGGCGGUCAAACUAGCUGACGGUUCGUUCCGUUGUGACCAGUGCCAGUCAGGCUACAAGUGUGUGAGAGGGGACGAGUUGGAGGAGAUGUGUCCAGCGGGGACCCACAGUAACCAUGACAGUACAGGCUGUCCGCAGUGUCCGGCUGGUCGGUACAGCGGCUCGGGGGCGUCUUCAUGCACGCCCUGUCCGGCUGGACAGUUUAACCCCAGCAGCGGAUCUAGCAGCUGUCAAAGCUGUUCUGCCGGGAUGACCAGCAAUGCGGGGGCUAGCAGCUGUUACGAAAUCAACGAGUGUGCGUCCAACCCUUGUCAGAACGGCGCGCAAUGUGAGAACCGUAUGAACAGCUACUACUGCCGGUGUGCUGCUGGAUACCAGGGAACCAACUGUGAAACAGAUAUUAACGAAUGCUCCUCCAACCCCUGCCAACAUGGCGGCACCUGCACGGACCGUGUGAACGGCUUCUCGUGUGCCUGUAAUACUGGAUACGCUGGUGACACCUGCGGAACAGAUCUAGACUAUGAAAUACGUCUGAUGGGCAGCAGCAACCCGUGGGAGGGGAGGGUAGAGAUCCGGUACCAAAACGGAGCCUGGGGGACGGUCUGUGACGAUAGAUGGGACGAGAACGACGCGGCUGUAGCCUGCCGACAACUCGGCUACCAGAACGGAGUAUACGUGGCGCUUACUUCAAAGUUUGGAGCAGGUUCGGGGGGCAAAGAAAGCAUAUUUCUCGACGAGGUCGGCUGCUCCGGGUCGGAGUCCAACUUAGAUCACUGCUCGCACCCCUCCCACGGCACCCAUGACUGUAGUCAUAGUGAAGAUGUCGGGAUUAUCUGCUCAGUUUGUCGCUCAGGGUGGACACAACAUGGGGACAAAUGCUACCAGAUAACGAAUGGUGACUACACGUUUGACACUGCUAAGAUCAUCUGUGAUGACGGCGGCAGCCUCGCCAUGCCAAAGGACCAAGCUACCAACGACGUCCUCGUCAACAUGAUCAAGGAAACAUCCACCGAGAAGGGAACCUGGAUUGGCCUGGAUGACCUGCAGUCAGUCGGUACCUACACGUGGGAUGACGGCACCUCUCUCAGCUAUACCAACUGGGGGCCGGGUGAACCGAGCACGGCACACGAACGCUGCGUCAUGUACUUCUCUGGAAUAACCAACGACGACCAGAAGUACAAGUGGAACGAUUCAACAUGUGAGACUAAGGGCAUGUUUAUCUGCCAACAGAACAGGCAUUACUGAUGAUGACCAACAGUUUUGGAUAUGGCUGUGAGACCAUUUUCUUCAUGUGACCAGUCGACCGCAUCUGGCUACUGCAGCUGAACGAAAAAUGAGUCAAGUUAUGUCCUUAGGUUCUCUUUUUGUGUCCCCACUGCUUUUUCUGUUCAACACAUGGGGCACUACAAUGAGUUUAAUGAAUUAUGCAUUGCGAUUUACAGCUCACCAUAAACGAAUCUUCAACAUAUACCAAAAGUUGAAAAUAGUAAGAUUUUAGUUUGUAAUUUUAGUUGACCUGCAAACUUUUCUUUUAUAUAUUAUACUUUUUAAAAGUCUAAAUUUUCUUAAUCUUACUACGAUUUAUUUACGUAACGUAUUAAACUUAUCAGACUGUUCAUAUUAAAUUUUGUAAUUAUUGCUUUUAUUUUCUAAGGUGGUAUCUGCAUUUCUUACGCCCACCGGUUUGUUAUUUUCCGCAUCAGUUAUAAUCUUGAAUUUUAACUUUUGUAUAUCUUUUAGAAUAUUUGAAGAUAUGUUGAGAUAUGAAAUAUAACAACUCCCGCAAUACUUACAAGAUUGCUGUGUUAUUAGAAAAGAUAUUGAAACUAUUACAACAUUGUAGAUGUACUUGAUUUGUUAUUUAAAAUUUCCAGAAGGUUGAAUUUUAAGAUUCAUUUUUGUUUAUUUUGUAGUUGAACCUAUGGAAGUUGCUGUACUUUUUGAUUCGUCAAUAAACCUGUUUCAGAUCUAUCA